AUGCCACAUUCCUUGAUACCAGCUCCAAUCUCCUGGACGAGCCAUUUCCCCAACGGAGAUCUUUGGGUUUUCGGAUACGGCGGAGACCAUCGAGGGACUCCCGAAUCACCCGGAAGAGUCGUAACUGUCAUCGAACAAUCAUUUUGGGAAACACUAUCAGACACUCAAAAUGAUCUCCAACAAUCUACCUCGAACCUCUCCGUCGUCUGGGGAGCAGCUUACCAUAUCCCCGCCUCACACGCCAGAGAGGUUCACGCCUACCUCGACGAAAGGGAAAUAGAUGGGUACACUGUUCACUUCACCCUUUUCCACCCGUCACCAAAAUCAUCCACCACCACCGGAACUACCAACAAUAACCACCCACCAACCUCCCCCAUAACCUGCAUGGUCUACAUCGGCCUCCCCACCAACGCGCAAUUCCUCCGUAAUCCCGCAGACCGCGACCCAGCCUCCGUCGCGCGUGUCAUAAGCCAGAGCCGCGGGUUAAGCGGUGAGAAUCGCGACUAUUUGUAUUUGCUGGAGAAGGCGUUGGAGGGUCCGGAGUUUGAGUGGAAUAGAGGUGAAGGGGGGAUGGGGGUUGCUGAUGGACAUGUGGCGGAUUUGGCAAGGAGGGUUAGGGCUAUUGAGGGGGAGAAUGUAAGUGAGGCGGAUCGGCGGAGGAGCGAAGCUGUGUUGGAGCAUUUGCCUGGACCGCAGAUGGAAACGGAGGAGAAGGCGGUUCGGAUGGAGGAGUUUGAAGGGGGCCGAUUAGGAGGGGGAGGGGAGGGGUGA